AUGGAUUCACCCGAACAUCCGAUUGACAAAGCUCGUAGAAUACAAGAAGAGCGCAUCAAAGCCGAUCGGAACUAUUUUGUGACGUGGGAUCGGUGGAUUCCGCCAAAGCUGUGGCCGACUCCAUUCCCUCAAAAGAGUUGGAUUCCUGUUGGCCUCAACACCUUUCCCAUUCCCCCCAAGCGUCCCAUCCCACCCAAAGCGAAAUCACCCAUUGACUAUCCUACAUCACUCAUGCCAUCAAGGAAGAAAUCAGCGGCAGAGCUAGCCAAGCAAUACUUCGGACAUGAACAAAUUGACAUGUGCUGGGACAUUGAGGCCGAUGAAGUGCCGAAGGUAGCGACGCCGACUGCCAGCGCAUCGGCAAACCCAGAAUCACUUGCCGAGGUGAAUUUCGGCAAUGAACAAUUCGACACGUGCUGGGGCGCCGAGGAGGAUGGAGUACCGAAGGUGGUGACGCCGACUGCAAGUGCGUCGGCCGAACAGCAAUUUGGCAGCGAAAAAUUCGAGAUGUUGUGGGGCACCGAGGUAGAUGAAGUGCCUCAGCUGGUGACCCCGACUGCAAGUACCUCGGCCGAACUGCAAUUCGGCAAUGAAACAUAUGACAUGGGCUGGGAUGGCGAGGGAGAUCCCGCACCCACCGAUUCUCCCACUCAAGCUGCAGGUCAGUAUGACCUGUGUUGGGAUGACGCCGAAGAUGCGCCGACCUAUGACAUGUGUUGGGACGACGCCGAGUCGGCACCGACGGUUGCUGGUGCAGUUUUGGCAGCUGCAGAUAUGCCAUGGGAGGACCCUUCUGCAUCGGCAGCCGACUUUAAAGGUGAAUGUCGGCAAUCAAUGCAGCCUACAGUGGAUCUGGGCGAAGGGCCGAGCACUGGGCCGGUAACCUCGGGCCGGUCGGGAAUAUCACCUGUUGUAUCCUCGGCACUGCGAAAUCGGUCACCGAGCGAGAUUCUCACAAGACAUGAGGAAUUGCUGCGCCGAGCCGAUGAAAGGCUUCAAACAAUUGAUGCCCUGAUGGGGCAGUCAGGCCAAUUGUCCCCAGAUGUGACAGAUGCAGACCGGCAUCUCAUAUCCUCCUACAGGGAUGCGCGGGACCGAUUUGCUGGAGCCAGGGAAGAUAUUGCUAGGAUUGAGCAUAUGAUGACUAUGGCCAAUCAGGUUAAUGAUCCUUUAAUUAUAUUGCAACUGGGGUUGAAGAAAAUGGGGAGUGGAAAAUCCACUGCCCAGUAG